AUGCAGAACUGUGGAGAUUUGUUGCAAAUCUGGCUGCAAUAUAUUUAUCUUGGAAUUAAAAAAAAUUUGUUACAAAUACUAGGUCGUCUUGAAGAAGAGGACAAGUUAAAUAAUUUAUUUGACUUGGAUAUCGCUCUGAAUAUAGAUGGGCUACCGCUUUUUAAGAGCACAAAAGCAUGUAUGUGUCCAAUUUUAUGUGCUAUUCUUAAUGUUAGUUUUGUUCCCAUAGUAUUUCCAAUUGUGUUGACUUACGGUAAAACAAAGCCUGACAACCUCCAGUUUUUAAAUGAAGCAGUGGAAGAACUGAGAUGGUUGCUUGAAAUUGGGUUGGAGUAUAAUGCAAACAUAAUAAACAUAACAUUAAAGUUUAUUGUUUGUGAUACACCUGCUAAAUGUUUUGUAAAGUGUGUAAAACUUUAUUCUGGUUACAACGGAUGCGACAAGUGUAACCAAAAAGGUUUUUACUGUGAAAGACGGAUGACUUAUCCAAAAAUUAUUGGACUGCAACUGAGAGAUAAUCAAUCUUUCCGUCAAAAAUCAAAUGCAAAUCAUCACCAUACUGGUUUGGUAUCACCAUUUUGUGUUUUAUCUAUAGAUAUGGUUGAGGAUUUUCCAAUCGACUAUAUGCAUCAGUCUUGUCUUGGUGUAAUGCGAAAAUUGUUGGUAACCUGGAUUAGAGAUACUGACAAAAAAGGAGUAAAAAUUUCUGCAGCUCAUAAGAAUGACAUUAGUGCUAAAUUGCUUGAAUUAAAAAAAUGUGUUCCUAAAGAUUUCGUAAGAAAACCACGUUCGCUUGAUGAAAUUGAUUUUUGGAAAGCAACUGAGUAUAGGUAA